ACUCACAGGGAGCAAACUUCUCUCUCUCUUUCCAACACUUUCUAGUUUCUUCUCUCUGACUAUCCGUUCUGCUGACUGACAACAUCCACUCCGACCCUGUGGAGGAAACCACUCUGCCUCUCUUCAUUUCUUACCCUUCACGCGUGUUCUGUGGUGAUUCGUGACUUGUAUACUUUUGGGGCAGCGUGGUAGUUGAGCGUGCACGCUUUUUGGGCUGUGUGUGUGUGUAUAUGUGUGUGUUUGUGUGCGUGUGAGUCAGUAUGCCAUGUCGUCCCCUGGCUCGUCGUUUGUGCAGAUAAAGCAUGAGGACCUGCUCUUCUAUGAGAACUGUGGAGGAGGCAGCUUUGGGAGUGUCUACAGAGCCCUCUGGAUUUCCCAGGACAAGGAAGUGGCUGUGAAGAAGCUUCUGAAGAUUGACAAAGAGGCUGAGAUUCUUAGUGUUCUGAGUCAUAAGAACAUCAUUCAGUUUUAUGGAGCCGUGCUGGAAUCCCCCAACUAUGGCAUUGUCACAGAAUAUGCUAGUGGAGGGUCUCUGUAUGAGUACCUUUCCAGCGAGCAGAGUGAGGAGAUGGACAUGGAGCAGAUCAUGACAUGGGCCAUACAGAUAGCCAAAGGGAUGCAUUACCUCCAUGCAGAAGCUCCAGUCAAAGUCAUUCACAGAGACCUCAAGUCACGCAAUGUGGUAAUGACAGCAGACAAAGUGCUGAAGAUUUGUGACUUCGGGGCGUCUAAGUUCCUUUCCCAUACUACCCAUAUGACGGUGGUGGGCACUUUUCCCUGGAUGGCCCCUGAAGUCAUUCAGAGCCUGCCUGUCUCCGAGACCUGUGACACCUACUCCUAUGGUGUGGUGCUGUGGGAGAUGCUGACUCGGGAGGUUCCUUUCAAAGGUUUUGAGGGGCUGCAGGUUGCGUGGCUGGUGGUGGAAAAACAAGAGAGGCUGACCAUCCCCACCAGCUGUCCAGCAAGUUUUGCAGAGCUGAUGAGGAAAUGUUGGCAAGCAGAACCAAAGGAGCGUCCACAGUUCAAACAGGUGCUGGUAACCCUGGAGACCAUGGCCAACGACAGCAGGCUACCGGACCAGUGUAACUCCUUCCUACAUAACAAGGACCAGUGGAGGUGUGAAAUUGAGUCGACCCUGGAGCGCCUUCGGAAGCUGGAGAGGGAGCUUUACUCCAAAGAGAAGGAGCUGGAGGAGAGAGAGAGGAGGCUCAGACUGUGGGAGGAGAGGCUGAUGGAGAGGUCCAACAUGACUCCCAGCCCAACCUCCCUACUCAUGGAGCGGUCAAACAUCUCACCAUUCUUCACACCAAUGUCCAUCGGUUCCACUGGCUCCUUCUUCCGCUCGCACUCUCAGGACUCCAACAGUGCAGGGGUCAGCAGUGCUGGCGUCAGCAGCGCUGGCGUUAGCUGUCUCCUGCGCACCCUCAGCAACGGAGACACGGAGAGGGGGAGCAGCGCGGCGCUGGAGAGGGGGAUGGGUUCACUCGACAGCGGGAGGCUGCACGCCAUGCUCCGAGGGUUGCAGGGCAGGUUCGGAGAGGAAGAUGAGGAAGAGGAAGGAACUGUGGAGGAUAAAAGCUGGGGGCAGAGGGAGAGAGAUGAUAGUGGGAGUAUGGAGGGAGGAAGAGUGCAGGUGACACUCAGGAGCUUCCCGGGCGGUGUGGUGGAGAGGGAGGAGAGGACAUGGGAGGAGGGCGAUAGGGAGAGAGGUGGGAUGCAGAGGAGCAGGGUCACCACCAUAGUCCGAGGGUACUCAGGUGGGUUUGGAGAAGCAGAAGGGGAGAGGGAGAAGGAGGCAGGAUGGGAGAUAGAGAAGUUGGGGGACAGGCUAGAUGAGAGAGGGAUGGAGGGAGGUAUAGAAGGAGGGAGGCUCCCGACCAUGUUCAAGGGUCUCCACGGGAGUUUGGGGGGCUUGGGGGACAUGCUGUCCUUAGACAUGAAUGAGAUGGGGGAGAUGGAGAGACUAGGAGACAUGGACAUGAACAUGGGUGACCUGGGAGUGAUGAAAGUCGUAGGUCACGGUGUCAGGAGUGAGGUGGGGGUCAGGGAGGCCAUCAGCCAAAAGAUUAGAGGUGAAGUAGGGGUCAUAGGUCACUCAGGGGUGCAGGUGAGCAUGCGGUCUUCAUCCAAUCAGAACUCUGUGAAGAGCUGCAGCGUGCGACAUGGAACCAAGAUCAACAUGGCUACUGCUGCCAUGGACAUGAUGGAGCUUGAUUGGUCUGACAGUGACUAGGAAACACACACGCACAGAAAACACACAGAAAAUCACACAGAGGCCAAACUAGAAAGAUUUUGACUUGUUAGCACAUAAAGUAUCUGAGCUACAGUAUGUGCAUUAGGAUCUCCAGUUGAAAAAGAGCUGGUAUACACACAUUUCUUUUGUUAAUUUUUUUUUUAUUGAAUGGAUGAAUACUACACCCAAGUGUACUGUGAAGUAGGAAGGAGCAAAAAGACAAUUAAGAGGUUGUCUUUGUCACGUUGUCAGAAUGACUUCACCUGUGUAAUUUAAUGUGCUAUUAAAACUGCUGUAUAACAUACUGUAGGAGGUACAAGUGUGACAAAUGACACACUUGAAUGCCGCUCUAAUGAGUCUCGUAUUUUUUUUCCUGCUUAUAGAGAAUCUUGUAGUUCAUAGAUUUGAUUUGUUCAAAACAAGCUUUGACUUUAUCAGUUCUAACUGUGAUCUAGUGUGUGAAUUUUUGGCAUUUCUUUCUGUAUAUUUUAUCAUUUUUCAAUAAAAAGAAAAGAAACCUUGA